UAUUGUUUGUCGAAUGUGAGAUGCGCGAGCAGCUGAUUCAUGACACGCCAAAUUGAGGUCCAUUACGAUCACGGAUUACCUGUCGGCCACUGAGUCGAGCUCUAUUGACGUUUUCACAAAAAAAAACAUUAGUGGACAACAACAGCAACGGAAUUACGCCUGCUCCCUGUCAAAGUGGCUCAUCGACGGGUUGGGCUGGCUCAUUCUAGGCAUUUUUCGCACUCUCACCUUGCCACAUCCCUUCUUGGUUAAUUAAAAUUCAUUCUGGCAAACUGCAUCAUUGAACAAAAUAGGACAUCAAUGAAGUUCGCAAGGGCAAGAAACCUCAUCUGAGGCGCGAAAUGUCAAAUCCUGCAGAUCGUCUGAGUUACCUGCAGGACAGUAGUAGCGAUACAGAGACAGAUUACAAAGAGACGGAUGGCCGUGGAAGACGGCGAACAUACAAAAACCGAUUGAGUUGUGGUGGCUCAACCAAACCGAAAUCUUGUAUGGCACAUCGGGAUGGCAACAGCAAACAUCAUAGUCGAUCUUAUGAAUCAAGCAGGCAAAACGCAAAUUUAGCACAACACAGCAGAGUUCGUUCAGGCAUGGGGUUGAGUAAAAACCAGAGAGAGAAUCGUGAGAAUGUGACAUCAGGUAUGACUUCAUCGUCAGGAACGAGUCUGCACCAACAGAGUAGCGAUGAGAGAAUAACUUUAAUUGUUGAUAACACUAGAUUUGUAGUUGACCCAGCGCUAUUCACCGCUCACCCGAACACGAUGCUCGGUCGUAUGUUCAGCUCGGGCAUCGAGUUCGCACAGCCAAACGAGCGCGGUGAAUAUGAAGUAGCCGAAGGUAUAUCUGCAACAGUUUUUCGCGCCAUCCUCGAGUAUUACAAACAUGGUGUAAUUCGUUGCCCUCCUACUGUCAGUGUUCAAGAAUUGCGAGAGGCUUGUGACUAUCUACUUGUGCCGUUUGAUGCUAGCACCGUUAAAUGUCAGAAUCUGAGAGGAUUACUGCAUGAAUUAUCAAACGAAGGGGCUCGCUGUCAGUUUGAAGAGUUUUUAGAAGAUCUAAUACUACCUUUAAUGGUGAAUAGCGCAAGGAGAGGCGAUCGUGAAUGUCAUAUCGUUGUGCUUUUAGAUGAUGAUGUGGUAGAUUGGGACGAAGAGUAUCCACCUCAGAUGGGCGAAGAAUAUUCUCAGACUGUUAACAGUACCGUAAUGUACCGAUUUUUUAAAUACAUUGAAAACCGAGACGUAGCCAAACAAGUGAUGAAAGAACGUGGCCUGAAGAAAAUCCGUUUAGGCAUCGAAGGUUACCCGACUUACAAAGAAAAGGUGAAAAAGCGUGCAGGUGGUCGUGCCGAGGUAAUCUACAACUACGUUCAGAGACCGUUCAUUCACAUGUCAUGGGAGAAAGAAGAAGCGAAAAGCCGUCAUGUGGAUUUUCAAUGCGUCAAGUCAAAGUCAGUGACGAAUCUCGCUGAGGCAACAGCUGAUCCAGCACUUGACUCGGCUGGCAAUCCCAUCACUGCCAUUGCUCUACUGCAAGCUUCCGAGCCAAUACAGCAAGAUGCUGCUCUACCUGUCGGUGCCGAUCAAGAUACGGAAGGGGCAGCGGCGCUCGAAUUAGUACCACUUGAGCAAGAAGUGCAAAACAUAGAAGAGCCUCAGCCUCAACCGCAGCAAUUACAACAGCUGCCAAAUCAGUUUCCACCUCAACAGCAAUCCUGAGUAGUACUCGUGCCUCAGCAACCAACGAAACAGCAAUCACAUUUCAACGGAUCUGUUCAGCGACGCGCUGCCUAUGGUAACGGUGUCACUCUUGCCAAAAAGAAGGUGUCCUGGAAGAAAAAGACCAACUCUCUACGCUGAGGUCGCAUCAUAGCGACUUAGACUGAGAAUAAUUUUUUAUGACUGAAACUUAAGCGCUUGUAUACUUUUUUUUGUCUUUUUCCAUUCGUAUUUUAUUCAUGCUGUUAGAAAUACAAUACAAGGUCUUAUCAUUAGAACUUAUGUGGCAAUUUGAAUGUUGUGUGAAAUCUGGAAGUAGAUGAAUCGAAAAUAUUGUUUUCUAAGAUGAAAUUCCUUCUCAAAUAUUUUAUAUAAACUGAAUCUGUAUGUCAUUUGAUUUAAAAUUAAGUUUGCUAUGAUCUGAAAAGACGUAAUUAAUUUGUAUAUUUUCACAUCUCUACGUGACACAAUAUCUUAUAUUUAAAAAUAGUCUUUUAUAACGUUCAAAUUACGAUGAUCCAUGCAAAGUAAGUUUUACAAAACUGAUAGAAAAUAGUGAUUUAUAAGGUGCUCAAAUUGUAACAGUCGUAAAUGACUAUUAAGUACACAAUACUCUUUGAAAAUUGUAAACAAAAAAUUUAAUAAUAUACGUGAAAGGAAACAUAAAUUGUGAUCGACCAAUUGGUAAAAACAAUUCGACUGCAUUUAUUCGAUAUAAAAAGUGCUGAAUUACAGGUGCCGAGCGAGUUCCUCAAAUCGAGGGUUUGUAAAUAAUUAUUUUAAGUUUUUUUUACCAAGUGGCUUAUUCUCGUAACGCUGAAAUAUCUACUUAUUCCAUAUCAUCUGUAUCUUUCUCGUGGAUACACGUAUGGAUAUCUCGGGAUGUAUUCUUAUCUAUUUUACAAUACGGAUACUCUGACAAUUUUGUUAUGAUGUUCCAAUGAAUAACUUCCAAUGGAUAACAAAUAACUAAAAAUUGAACAUAAUGAUUGAAAUGUGCAAACAAUACAUACGAAUUUCUAUACAUUGUGCACUAAUGUUAAAUAGAUCUAUCGUCAUUUUUGCCCGAAUCCCAUUUGGUAUAAUAUUUAAUUUGAAAAAUGUUAAUAUUAAAUUAAAUUAUUUAUUAUAAAAAUGUAUAAGUAUAUAAACUAAAAUUAUAAGUAGUAAGAAAAUGCUUGAGAUAUGUCUUUCAUCCUAUAUUUUGUAUAAUUACCUUCAGUAAGUUGUUAAAUUAUCAAAUUUUCCACUCAUAAUAUCAAAUUUAGUGGUUGAUCACUAACGUGCAAAACCAUAUUACAUCAUACAGGCAUAUUUUGGAAAACUCAUUAACAGUAAGCACUCCAGAGUUUCAACUAAGCACUUUUUAUUUUUUACAUAUUUGAACAAGAAAGGUGUUAUAUAAACUUUUAUGUAUGUACAGUCUUAAAAACUUUUUAAAAAGUCAAUUAAACAUUUUCGCCUACAUGUUUCAAGAUUCCAUUUUUUGAAUGUUAAUACAUGUUAUUUUCAAAACUGUUUAUAAAGUAUCUUAAUAAAUCGGCAUUCAAAAUAUUUUAAUCUUGCCGUUUAUUGAAGUUACUAUGUUUGCGGAACUAACUUGUUUCCAUUAAACAACCAGUUUUAUGUAAAAGAAUUCCUCAAUAAACAUGUG